AUGACACCAAAAUCGCCUGCUGAAACUGAUGAAGACUACGCCUCUUGGAAAGAAAUUGAUGCGCUGGUUCUCCAGUGGAUCUACAGCACAAUCUCAGAUGACCUGCUAGGUCGUAUUCUGGAAUCUGACUCUACUGCUCGUGCGGCUUGGCUCAAGAUCGAGAAGAUAUUCCUCAGUAAUAAGAAGGCACGGGCGGCUGCCCUUGAAUCAAAAUUCUGCAAUCUCACUCUUGCAGCCUGCUCCUCUCUUGAUGAUUAUUGUCAACGUCUCAAGGAACUAGCGAAUCAAUUAGGGGACGUUGACCACACUGUAACUGAGUCACGACUCGUCUUACAAUUAGUGCGUGGUUUACCAGCUGAGUAUGACACUAUUGCCUCUCUCAUCAAUCAGCAAGAUGCCGAUUGGGAUCUGGCACGUAGUAUGUUACAUGACGAAGUGAUUCGUCUUGAAGCUCGUCAAAACACAUCCUCUUCGGUACUAGUGGCUCCUGCUGCCCCGACACAACAAACGACUCCUAACCCUAACCAAACCCCGGAUCAAACUUCUUCUAGGGGUCGCGGACGUGGUCGAGGUCAAGGCUAUCGUGGCUCACGCGGUGGUCGAGGUCGCGGGGGUGGGCGCAACCAACAGCAAGCGAAUUGGGCCUUCCAAAACUCGGGCCAAAACCCGGGUUAUCCCCAGUGGGCCUGGUGGAAUACUCCACCUUGUCCCUAUCCUACUCAGCCCUCAUGGAGGCCCAACAACAACAAUCAGUCGCAGCCCAAUGCAGCCCAAUUCGCACCUUCUGCAACCCAGUUUCAGCAGCCCAAUGACCAAGCCCAGCAGGCACAUUACGCUGGUUACCCCCCUACGCCCCAGCACAUGCAACCGCAGCCCAACGGAUAUGACGCUCUAAACCCGUCUGAUAUUCAAGCAGCUUUUGCAACAAUGCAAUUACAGCAACCUGAACCGUUCUGGAACAUGGAUACGGGAGCAGAAUCUCAUGUCUCCCCUAACCAAGGACCUCAAAACUGGACAAAUUCUUUCGCGCCACAAUAGCACCGGGGACCUUUAUCCGCUCACCGCUCCGCAACUUCCGCCUCAAGCAUGCUCUAUCACAUCCACUACACUAC